AUGGGUUACAUCUGUGAAGCCAUGGAUAGGGCUAAAGAGAAUAUUAAAAACAAUUUUCAGGGGAGAGAGGAGUUUUAUGAAGCCGCUUUCGAUAUUAUUGAUCAUAGAUGGCAAUGUCAACUUCAUCGGCCGUUUCAUGCCGCGGGACAUUUCCUAAAUCCUUCCAUCUUUUAUGAUGAUGCAAACCGUAUUACGAAGGAUGAAGAAGUCAUGUCGGGUUUGUAUGCUUGCAUCACUAGAUUGUCUCCAAUUGAACAUGUUGAGGACUUAAUCAACGACCAACUUACUCAAUAUCAAAAUGCGGAUGGGAUUUUUGGUGUUCCCUCGACAAUUAGGCUAAGAAAGAAAAACGGCGUGGUGGCAAUCAUAUGGAUCGUCGACCCUCAAUUGCAAGACUUUGUUAUUCGUGUUCUUAGCCUCACUUGUAGUGCUACGGGUUGUGAACGAAAUUGGGGUGUUUUCCAGCACCUUCAUACAAAGAAGAGGAAUAGAUUGACACAAGAAAGAUUGAAUGACAUGGUGUAUGUAAAAUUCAAUCGAGCUAUGGAACGUCGGCAUAAAAAAGAGGGAACCGCGGACCCAAUUCUCUUAGAAGACAUUGAUGGAAGCAACGAGUGGCUAAUGGGAACAAUGGAAGAUGAAGAACAUGAUGAUGAUUUGGUGUUUGAGGGAGAGGAUUUGACAUGGAGUGAAGCUGGAAGAGCCUCUGGGGUGCAUGAACGUGUUCACAUGACUAGAUCAUCAAUUAGAGGAAAAGGGGAUAGUAGUGCAAGCACAUCAAGAGGAAAUGACAGGGGUAAAAAUACUUUAUAUGAUGAAGAGGAGAUUGAAGAAGAUAUUGGAGUGCGGUUCGGUAGCUUAAAGUGGAUAAAAAGCAGCUUUGGAUGGUUUGAAGAUGAACGGGAUGUGUGUGGAAGGAACAAAGAAACAAAACAUAUAACUCAGGGGUCCACCGUAAUUUACGGUGGCAUCAUAAUGGACGUAGUGGGCUACUUCUUUGCUGGAAUCUCGUGGAAUAUGCUUCUUAGGCACGUGCUCAAUGAAGAGAUAACCGUUAGUGGUGGUCAUGGGUGA